UGUGUCCCCCGAGCUCCGCCGACCCCGCCGCUGCAGACUCAGCCAUGAGCUACCCCGGCUACCCGCCACCCGCAGGAGGCUACCCGCCCGCUGCUCCAGGUGGCGCCUGGGGAGGGGCGGCCUACCCACCGUCCACCAUGCCUCCCAUCGGUCUGGACAACGUGGCCAACUACUCGGGGCAGUUCAACCAGGACUACCUCUCGGGGAUGGCCAACAACAUGGCGGGGACCUUCGGAGGCGCCAACGUCCCUAACCUGUACCCGCCAGCCCCUGGGGGCGGUUACCCGCCCAUCCCCCCUGGGGGAUUUGGGCAGCCCCCUCCUGCCCAGCAGCCCGUCCCUCCAUUCGGCAUGUACCCGCCCCCUGGGGGGAACCCGCCUUCUGCCAUGCCUGCAUACCCGCCCUAUCCAGGGGCCCCGGUGCCUGGACAGCAGCCUCCGGGAGCCUAUCCCGGCCAGGUGCCAACAGCUUACCCUGGGCAGACCCCCGUGCCACCUCCCAGCCAGCAGCAGCCUGUGCCAAGCUACCCAGGAUACCAGGCAUCUGGGCCCGUCACCCCUGCCGUGCCCCCUGCCCAGUUUGGAAACCGAGGGACCAUCAUGGAUGCUUCUGGCUUUGACGCUAUGCGGGAUGCUGAGGUCCUUCGCAAGGCCAUGAAAGGCUUUGGAACUGACGAGCAGGCCAUUAUCGACUGCCUGGGCAGCCGCUCCAACAAGCAGCGCCAGCAGAUUCUUCUGUCCUUCAAGACGGCCUACGGGAAGGAUCUGAUCAAAGACCUGAAGUCUGAGCUGUCAGGGAACUUUGAGAAGACCAUCUUGGCUCUAAUGAAAACCCCCAUCCUUUUUGAUGUCUACGAGAUAAAGGAGGCCAUCAAGGGGGCCGGCACGGAUGAGGCCUGCCUGAUUGAGAUCCUCGCCUCCCGCGGCAACGACCACAUCCGAGACCUGAACGUGGCCUACAGGGCAGAGUUCCACAAGACCCUCGAGGAGGCCAUCCGCAGCGAGACGUCCGGCCACUUCCAGCGGCUGCUCAUCUCCCUGGCACAGGGAAACCGAGACGAGAGCACCAACGUGGACAUGUCACUCGUCCAGAGAGAUGUCCAGGAGCUGUACGCGGCCGGGGAGAACCGCCUGGGCACAGACGAGUCCAAGUUCAACGCGAUCCUGUGCGCCAGGAGCCGGGCCCACCUGGUGGCAGUCUUCAAUGAGUACCAGCGGAUGACCGGCCGGGACAUCGAGAAGAGCAUCUGCCGGGAGAUGUCCGGGGACCUGGAGCACGGCAUGCUGGCCGUGGUGAAGUGUCUCAAGAACACACCGGCCUUCUUUGCUGAGAGACUCAACAAGGCCAUGAGGGGCGCGGGGACGAAGGACCGAACCCUCAUCCGCAUCAUGGUAUCACGCAGUGAGAUCGACCUUCUGGACAUCAGAGCCGAGUACAAGCGUCUGUACGGCAAGUCUCUGUACCACGACAUCACGGGAGACACUUCGGGGGAUUACCGGAAGAUCCUACUCAAGAUCUGUGGAGGCAAUGACUGAGCGCUACGGGGCUGCUCCUGUCCACCCGCUGGCAGAGUGGACACUGGCAGAAGGCUUAUGUGCCCCUCACUGUCCCCCCGAGCCACCCCGGCUGCCUGGCCCCUGUCCCGCUGGCCAGGCGAGCACUGUCUCAGGACUCCCCCGCCCCACCCGCGGCCCCUGCUGCCCACUUAGACGAGAGUAACUCACGCCGCCCCUUCCUCUUGUGGCCAAGUCGCGGCUUCAUUUCCGUCCUGCAAUUUUGUGUUUCUGUUGGGUCACUCUUUUCUAGUCACCAGGAGACAGAGGCAAGCAAUGUCUCUGCUGUGUCCACACGGGGCACAACGGGGGCGUGGCGUGGAUGGUGCUGGGUGGCGAGUGCCAGGCAGGCAGGAUCGCCACAACCACCGCUUUCCACAAGCACCGCCACCAGACAGCCACGAGUGCCCCCCUUGCUCCAUGCACAGCUGCCGCCAGCACCGGGCUCCGGCUACUUGGUAUGUGCCUUAAACGAGAAUGUUGAUCGCCAAAAGCCAUUUGUCAAUUAAAGGCAGCUGGUGCUGCAAAGUCCUGAAAACAUCCCUGAUGCAGCUUGUUUUCUUGUACAUGGUUCUGCCCCGUGGCAGAGAGAACCCGGCCUCCGUAGCCAGAGAAGCCGAUGCCCUUGAGUGUAUGUUUGUGCCCAGGAAAACAUCUCAGCAGCCUAUGGGGCCCCAUAGGCUAUCAGAACCUGGAAAUGCAGCCGUAGAAAUCCCGCAGGGUGCAGGGACCCAGGGAGGCAAGCGGGAAAGAGUGUCACCCUGGGACUGGCCGGAGGAGCCUGGUGAGAGGGAUGUGGGAAUGACAGCUGGGGUCAGGGAGAGUCAUCCAGAAAUACCUAAAAAUCCCUGCGUAGCUCAGACGCGAGCAACUUGCAGCAGUGAUCUCGUCAGAACCUAAUUAGUAAAAUUUUAGAAUUCCUAGAGCACGCGGGGCUGCUCUUGUGCCGAGCGACAUUAUAUUGUGU